AUGGAGUGGACUAUCCCGCUGUUAGUCUACGUGGUGGUUCAGUUCAUCGCGUUCUUGUUGGUGCUGGUGGCGACGCCGCUGGACAUGUUUCGCUUCAAACCACAGAACCCGAAUUUCCCAGGCUGUUUGACGUUGUGGGGAUUCACGAACUCGUGCGGCAGUGUACUUUACGACAGUACUCUGUUCGAGGUGUGGGAAGGCUGCCCCCAUCACCUGAGUGGCUUCCAUGCAGCUGAGGCAUUCGCUAUUAUCUCCAUCCUCGUGUACGGCGCAGCGUUCGUCUUGGGCGUUCUUAUGCUGUUUUGCCGCUCCAUCUUACGCUGGGUAUGCCUGGGGCUUAACAUUGUGGGUGCCAUCACCGUGUGCAUUGUCUGGGCUACCAUUGUGGGGACAUUUUUUAACGGUGAAGGUGACAUAUGUCCAGACCUUCAGAGUAUAAGUAACUAUGGUGCUGGCUUCGGUCUCUUCUUGGCAGCCUGGGUACUGGAUAUCCUCAACAUCUUCGUCUUGUUGCUGUCAAUCUGCACUACAGUUACCACUGAAAGUGGCCAGGUGGAGCAAACGGAGGGAAAACUAUAG